AUGCUUCGCGGGCUUGCGAUCCUCGCGGUCGUCGUUGUCGUGCUGCAGUGCUGUGAACUCCCACGCAGGACGGACGGCAGGUGCGUCCUGUUCAACUUUGGGGACUCCAACUCCGACACGGGCUCCCUCCCCGCCGCCUAUGGCUUCUACCUCGGCCCGCCCGCCGGCCGCCGCUUCUUCCACCGGACUACCGGCCGCUGGUCCGACGGCCGCCUCUACAUCGACUUCAUCGCCGAGAGCCUCGGGAUCAGUUACCUGCAGAGCCCGUACCUGGAGUCGUCGGGCUCCAACUUCACAGAUGGCGUGAAUUUCGCGGUAGCCGGAGCGACGGCGGCGAGCAACCAGAGCGCCAUUCCGUUCCCCAUGGCCACGCAGGUGAACCAGUUCCUGCACUUCAAGAACCGGACCCGGGACCUCCGGCCGCUGGAGCUGGGAUCCAUGCUCAAGGAGGAGGACUUCCGGGGAGCCGUGUACUCCAUCGACGUCGGCCAGAACGACAUCACGCUCGCCUUCCUCGCCAACCUCACACUGCCGGAGAUUGUCGCCGACGGCGGCCCGCUCGCUGCCGUUGCCGCCAAGGUAGAAGACGCCGUCCGGGCGCUGUACGGCGCCGGCGGGCGCAAGUUCUGGGUGUACAACACGGGGCCCCUAGGGUGCCUGCCGCAGACACUAGCACUGCGGCAGAAGCCCGGCGACGAGGUCGACCCCGUCGGAUGCCUCGCUGCCUACAACACCGCCGCCAGGGCGCUCAACGCUGGCCUGGCCGCUGCGUGCCGCCGGCUCGCCGACGAGUACGGGAGGGGCGAGCGCGCGGACCGCGCCACCGUGGUGUGCACCGACAUGUAUGCCAUCAAGUACGACCUGUUCGCCAAUCACUCACAGUACGGCUUCGAGCGGCCGCUGAUGGCGUGCUGCGGCAACGGCGGGCCGCCGUACAACUACGUGAACCUCAAGACGUGCGGGCAGCCAACGGCGACGGCGUGCCCAGAGGGGGAGAGGUACGUCAGCUGGGACGGCGUACACUAUACCGAGGACGCCAACACCAUUGUUGCCUCCAAGAUACUCUCUGGCGACUUCUCCGAGCCGUGCGCCAAGCUCGACGCGCUCUGCACAUGA